AUGGGCGCGAAGAAACGAGACAAGGCAACCGUGCCUGCCGCCACGACGGCUGCUUUUCGCUUACCUGAACCAGACAGGACUGUUCAGCUCACUGUCCCAGUUGUCAUUCCGCCGGUUGAUUUCGAGGCCGAGGAGGCCGCCGAAGACUCGAGCCUUGCCUCUCUGGCCAAUGGACUGCCACGAAAGGUCCAACUGCAGCACCUCCCGCUCUUGAGCCACCCUGUCAGAAUCAGUGCGAUUGACAACUUCCUCACAGAGGAGGAAUGCCUCGGCUGGAUCAGCUGGGGAGAGAGAAAGGGCUUUGAGGAGGCUAAGCAGAAGGCCAACUCGGUAUACGCGCAUCGAGACAACGGCCGCAUCGAGUUCAGCAGCCCGGAUAUUGCCUAUCUUAUAUGGCUUCGGAUCAAGGCCUUUGUGCCGGAUUUCGUCGGCAAGCCAGCGCGGGCUGCCCUUGGCUGCUCUCCACGCAUCCGAGUUUAUCGCUACGUCAAGGGGCAAAGGUUCGGCCAGCAUGUGGACGGUAGUCGCGACGAGCCCGAGAUGGGCGGGCGCACGCAUUUCACCGUGUUAGUAUAUUUGAAUGGCGGCGAACGCGAUCCAAAGGACCUCCAGGUUCGUGGUGGUGAGACGGUUUUCUGGAAGGAUCAUGACGGCAAGCGACCCGCUCUCGCUUUUCCACCCACUCGUGGUGUCUGCCUCUUCCAUGGCCAUGGAGACGAGUGCAUGACUCACGAGGGUGCGGGCGUGGAGGCAGGUGAACCAGCGGUGUUGCAGUCGUGUUUGCUGGAGAUCUGCGAACCUGAAGGCGCUGCAGCGCCGGUGUACAGACCCGGCCCCGAGGAAAACUUCGAGGCUAUCUGGAUUGGCUUUGCCCGUUCUCGAACUCGAAACGCCGAGUCAACCUUGUACAUCAACUGCGGACUCCUUCAACCGAACUGGAAACUCCGUGAAGCUCGCUGGGCGGAAGCGAUCGAGACCAGUUGUUGUGCGCAGAACUGCAAAGGCGCGCAGAAUUGUAGGGCCACGGCCACCGUCGAGAAGGAACCAGAUCAUCCCACCGUUGUGUCGGAGGGAGCCACUCCGGAUGUCGACCUUCGAUUCCUCAUGCCGACGGACCUUACGCUGGCAAGGGAAAGCAGGCGCAAUCUCUCCGAGAAAUCGACGCAUUCCUGCGACAGCCUGGCACAUGCAGCGAUUUCUGGUGCAUCCAGAGCAGCAAGACAACUGCCGCGGACAGUGACGACGGAUCUCUCGCCGACUGCUUCCAGCCAGCUGCCACGAACGCUGACGCCCGAUACAGCAGGCGCCAGACCCAGGCUGUCGCGGACGCUGACGCCCGAAGUGUCGAGGCAGCUGAUGCGGCAGGACAGCAAGAACCUUCGUGGAAAUGCCAUUGGGUACUUUGAGGUGGACACCGAGAUCGUCCGAGGCAUCUCACUACGCCAGACACUUCGACAGGCCAAUGCAAUCUGGCUCCGGCCGCCGGCCACACUGCCAGAGGAAGAGAGAGCGAAGCUCUACGAAAGGUCCCGUCCGGUGCAGCAUUUCGACAUCUUCCUCUCCCACACCUGGAGCACAGAUGGAAAGUGGAAGGCCUUUGCUCUUCUCUUCCGCACGGGCUGGCCUGUCAUGCUGCUCCUCAACGCUCUGUCGGUGUGCCUGACCAUGAUGCUGUGCGUGACCCGAUUGCUCCCCAUGACUUUCGACUACGAGCCACCCGUUGUUGACUUCACCGGAAGCAGCAAGCUCGGAGGCUGGCUGAUUCCGGCGAGCAUGCUCGGCUCUGUCCUCGGCCUUGCGCUCUCCCCGUUCUUGCCCUCCAGCACGGGAAACUCCUGCUUUCUGGACGUUGUCAGCGUGCAUCAAUCGGACCAGCAGCUGAACGAGCGGGGAAUAUACGGAAUCGGAGGCUUCUUGGCUGUGUCCCGCGAGAUGCAGGUCCUUUGGAGCAAGCCGUACCUCUCGCGGCUGUGGUGCAUUUUUGAGCUCGCCGCCUACCGCACUGCCAACCCGAAGGGCAAGAUCACCCUUGCGCCGCUGUAUGUUGAGCAGAUUGUUGCCGUGAUCCUGAUCUGUGCCUACGGCAUGGCCGCAACCUUUGUGAUUGCCCGGGUCCUGAUCCAGGAACGUUUUCGUGUGGUGGUCUAUGGAGUUGCCGCGCUGCCAGCAUUGGUGGUCGUUCACAUGCUGCGCAAAGUCUUCCAAGACAGGCAACAACUGGUGUCCGACCUCCACAGCUUCGAUCUGGAUGCCGUUCGAUGUCAAAACGAUUUUGAUCGCGAGUUCAUCCACACGGCUAUCCUCAAGUGGUACGGAAGCAAGGACUCUUUCCGGGACUUUGUGAAAGGCCCCCUCCGCCAGGAGCUGGUGGGGAAGGGCAGCAGGAUACACCUCUCUGGCCCUUACCUCGCCUUGCUCGUGCUUGUCGCCAUGACACCAGGCUUGGAGUUCACGUUGGCGAUCUACGGUGCAAACGCCCCGCUUCGUUCCAUACUUGCGAAUGCCGUGGCUGGAGUGCUGGGAUUCUCUGUGCUGUGGACGAUUUUCUCUGCAAGAGUGCUCCUCUACUUUUGCGACAUCGCGGCGAAGCCCAUCUUUUCAAAGCGAUUCGACUGGCUGCAGUCGACGCUGGUAUUCGCAAUCUUUGGUCCAAUCUGGAGUUCUGGGGCCGCCUUUGCGACGAUGUCGCA